CGCAGCUCGCAGUAGAGCGAACGCUUUCCGUCGGGGCGGACUUUGAGCGUUCGUGGUCGCGCGUCGCAGAGGAGAGCGCAUGCGCGAGUGUUGGUUUCGUUCUCGACUCGGCGCGGGGAAAGUUGGAAUCGAAAGCGGGCAAGAGGGACGAAAAACGCGCGACGACAACAAGCAGAAAGAAAGGAAAAAGCGGAAGGAAAAGGCGCGGAGGGAUCUCGGAUCCGGUUUAUGGGAGAUUCGUCGGCGUCGCGAACGCGCAUGCGCGCAUCGCCGACGCGUAACAGGUGUCAUUCGCGCCGGGCGCCGUCGUUGACAGGCGGCGCGUGGCCACCGACGGAGAGGCGUCGCGAUCGCCGCCGCGCCGGGCGGCUGUCAAUCAGGUUAGGCUUGUCAAUCAGGUUAGCCCGCGCGCCCGCUCGUUUUUCGACGACAACGUGGAGACGUCGCGAUAGAUCGACCGUCGGCGUUCUUGCGAUAGCGGGGGCGAGUGUACAGGGUGUAUUUUGAUGGUGCAACGAGGCGAGCGGGGUCGAUCCCGACCUUGACAUGGAGGGCCACGACAUUCAGGAACUGGCGGUGACCGCUAAGGACAGCGUAAUCGUCAGAGGCGGAUACCCGGCGCCCUAUUCCUCACCGAAUGGCGAUGCGGAUUUGGGCAUGGCCGCGGGGGCGGUCGGCGGCCCUGUCCUGAAUCUACCUUCGGUUCCGGUAGGCAACGCAGCAUGUGCCAUAUGCGGCGAUCGUGCCACCGGGAAGCACUACGGCGCCGCGUCUUGCGAUGGCUGCAAGGGAUUUUUCCGGCGGUCCGUCAGGAAGAAUCAUCAGUACACAUGCAGGCUUAUGAGAAAAUGUCAGAUCGACAAGGACAAACGGAACCAGUGUAGAUACUGUCGAUUGCGCAAAUGCUUCAGAGCCGGCAUGAAAAAGGAGGCCGUACAAAACGAGAGAGACCGCAUAAACAAUCGACCGCCGAGCAACGAGAAUCAGACGGAAAAUAGCGGCCCCUCGAUGGAGGACUUACUGAUGGCUGCAAGACAUAUCGGCAUGCUUGAGCUAGUCAACCCGAAAGAAGACGUCGAUCCUAGCACGAAGCGAAUAGCUGGUUUAAACGACGUGUGCGACAGCAUGAAGGAGCAAUUGCUGAUUCUGAUCGAAUGGGCCAAAUGUAUCAAGGAAUUUGAUACGCUACCGCUAGACGAUAAAGUCGCAUUAUUGAGAGCUCAUGCAGGUGAACAUCUGUUACUGGGUUUGGCCAGACGCAGUCAAAUACAUAAAUUGACAGAUGUACUAUUGCUCGGCAAUGAUUGCAUUAUCAUGAGAAAUUAUCCUGUAAUACCGUUGCAUUUCACAGAAGGAAGCAAUCAGCAGGACUUAGAUAUCAGCAAGGUUGGCGUUAGAGUGAUGGACGAACUGGUAGAACCGUUAAAGAAGAUCAAGAUCGAUGAUACGGAGUUCGCUUGUCUCAAAGCAAUCGUGUUCUUUGAUCCGAAUGCGAAAGGUUUAAGCAAUUCGGAGACAAUCAGGACUCUGCGUAAAAACAUUCAAAUAAAACUUGAGAAUUAUAUCAGCGAUUAUCGUUGUCAUCUCACAGGACAUUUCGGCGAUAUUCUGUUACUGUUACCAGCCUUGCAGUCAAUCUCGUGGCAAAUGAUCGAACAGAUACAAUUCGUCAAGUUAUUCGGGAUGGCGCAUAUCGACAAUCUGCUUCAAGAAAUAUUCUUUGGCACUACAUCGGAAGUAAAUGACACUAUCACAUCCAUACCGAUCUCAAAUACUGCGCCAGGCAGUUACAUGAGCAGCAACGAGAGUCCUACCAGUCCUUUGACGCCAGCCAAUACCGGUAAUCUCAGUCCGCAGACUGAUCAAAUGCCCGUCAUGAUCCUGAGGGAUUUGGCGCCAAAUCAGGACUUCAGGUUCUUCAAACAGGAACCAAGUAUCGAGCCUGAGACUAGUUUCUGACUAGAUUGGGAGCUGACUAGCCAAUGAUGUUUUCUGCUCAAACAGUUGCUCAAAUAAUAAAAUUCUAAAUAGCAUUAUAUUAUGUCAUCAUAACAUCGAAUUAAAUGUGAUCGAUGACAUUAAUAAAAAAUAAAUAUUAUAACAUUAAUAAAAAAUGAAUUCGUACAUGUCGACGCAACACAUUAAUUUUAUCAUUUGUCGGAGGGAAUGUCCGCUUAAACAUCCAGAGUCUGGUUUACUGCAAGUUGACAAUGCAGAAUGUUUUUACGGGCAUUUGAUCAGUUUACCACAAUCACGAUUUGUAAUAAAUCUUGUACAAAAAACGAUUGAUCGCCGACCAUAAUAGAUAUUAAUGUGACAGGCGAUGAGAUUGCAUCUUGCCACUACUAUUACUGUUACAACAGUGUUCUCGCUGUCUUCAAAGUACGGAUUAAGAUUAAAAAUCGAAGAAUGAAACAUGUAUAAUGUCGUGCAAUUGUGUAUAAUGUUAUGCAUGUGUAUAAUAUCAUGCAAACAAUAAUUAGCAAUUAAAUUAAAGCAAGAUUUAAAAUUGAUAUAAUUCUAUAAUUUUCAAUUUUUUACUAAAAUGUAUACACAAAAGAUCUUAUAACUGAAUGUUACAUUUUGAUCUUCAUACAUAUAGAAAUCGACUUCUCAUGCCUUACGAUAUCAAAAUUCGAAAACGAAAUAAUACCGGUUAAUCUCUAAUUUCAAAAGAUGCAAUAGAAAAUAAAAUUAUAUCCGAUUAUUAUUUGUACAUGAAACAUGUAUGUCAAGAUAAAUAAGUAAAGAUAAUCAAAGUGUUACAAGAAAUAUUUUUUUAUUGUUCUGCUCAAUCUGUGAAUAGAAAUAAUGUUAUUCUAUUCAUGAUAUAGUAAUGUAAAUAGCAUGAUGUAAUAA